AUGUCAAAAUACUCUUUCAACACAAACGCCCCGGAGUUCAUCCCAGGCCGGCCCUUUGUCCUGCCGACGUACAGCUCCAAAGAGCCGCAGCCCUCAGGGGCCCCCGUGGGGCACCCGGAGCCUCAGCCGGGGGCCCCCCCCGUGGGGCCCCCGGAGCCGCAGGCCGCAGGGGCCCCCCUGGGGACCCCCGAGCCGCAGCCUGCAGGGGCCCCCUUGGGGGCCCCCGAGGCCGCUCAGGUGGGGGAGCUCUGCAAGAGUCUGGAGGCUGCCUCUGUGACUGAGAAGACUUGGGAAGAUGAAGCUGAAGAGCUGGCGGCUGACCCGAGCUCCUCCGCGUUGGACGCGGGCUGCUGCUCGCCGCGAUCGCCCGCGAGCUGCUGCGCAGCAGCAGCAGCAGCAGCAGAAGUGGAGGGCUCGGACCUGGAGGGCGAGGAGGGGGGCCCCGGGGGGGCCCCCCUGGGGGGCCCCCCGGGGGCCCCCGCGGGCAAAACCCCGCGCAGGGGCCCCGACGCGAGGCCCCACUUGAACAUUGUUUUCAUCGGCCAUGUCGACGCCGGCAAAAGCACCACUUGUGGAAACAUUUUGUUUUUGACGGGGGGGGUGGAUGUGAGGACAAUAGAGAAGUACGAAAAAGAAGCCAAAGACAAAAACAGAGACUCGUGGUUUUUGGCAUUUGUCAUGGACACCAACGAGGAGGAACGGCAAAAAGGCAAAACAGUGGAAGUGGGCCGCGCCGCCUUCAGCACUCCAAAUCGGCGCUUUACUCUUUUGGACGCUCCAGGCCACAAAGCCUUCGUCCCCAACAUGAUUGAAGGCGCAGCCCAGGCUGACGUGGGGGUGCUGAUUAUUUCUGCUCGAAAAGGAGAAUUUGAAACGGGUUUUGAAAAGGGAGGACAAACAAGAGAACACACACUGUUGGCUAAAACCCUCGGGGUGUGCCAGCUGGUGGUUGCGGUGAACAAAAUGGACGAGUCCACUUGCCAGUGGAGUGAAGAACGUUAUCGUGAAAUCCAAAGAAAGACAAAAACUUUUUUCCAAAACUGUGGUUUUAUCUUUGGCAAAAACCUUUCUUACAUUCCCAUUUCCGGACUCGCCGGCCAAAACCUCAAGUGCCACGUGUCGCGGCCAGGAAGCCCCUGCUUCGAGCCGCGGGCGAGUUGGUACUCCCCCGAAGAGCCAACUCUCUUCGAAGUCCUCGACUCGCUAAACCCUCCGCCCCGAAACCCAGACGCACCACUCCGAAUCCCCAUUCUCGACGGCUACAAAGACAACGGCGUCACAGCGCUGGGCAAAGUCGAGGCCGGCACUGUGACUUACGGCAUGGAAGCGCUGCUGCUGCCGCAGAAAAAACGCGUGAAGGUCGGCGGGGUGUUCCUGGACGAGGCCGAAGUGGCCGCCGCCUCCGUCGGCGAAAACGUCCGCCUCAAGCUGCUCGGCUGCGAAGAAGACGCCCUCGCCGCCGGCGCCGUCCUGUGCAGCCCCGCGCGCCCGUGCCCCGUGGCCGCGCGGCUGCUGGCCUACGCGAAGGUGCUCGACUUGCUCGAGCACCGCCCGCUGCUGACUGCGGGCUACGCCUGCGUCAUGCACGUCCACACGGCGCGCGAGGAGGUCGUCCUCGGCAGGAUUUUGGAAAAGCAAACGCGCUCCUCAAGUGUACCUGCAGAGUCUUCUGACGGAAAAAAGAAAAAAACAAAUCCCCAGUUCGUUACCAGCGACUGCCUCGUCAGCGUCGAGAUCAUACUGUCGAAGCCAAUGUGUAUGGAGGAGUACGAGGCGUGUUCUCAGUUGGGGCGAUUCACUCUACGCGACGAAGGCAAAACGAUAGCUGCUGGGCGCGUGACAAAGAUUCUUGAGUUUGCGUAG